AUGCAAUACACAACCCUCGGCUCUUCUGGCCUAAAGGUCUCACGCAUCUGCGUCGGAUGCAUGUCCUUUGGUGACCGUCGAAGCCGUUUCUCGUGGUGCACCGAAGAGGAAGACGCUCUCCCCAUCCUGGAAGCGUCCUACAAAGCCGGCAUAAACUUCUUCGACACCGCCAACGGCUACUCCAACGGCGUCUCGGAAAUCAUCCUCGGCAAAGCCAUCAAGAAAUACAACUGGCGCCGCGAUAACCUCGUCAUCGCCACCAAGCUCUGGGCCCCCGUCGGCCAUAUCGAGAACGGCGUGUUUGAGGAUCCCAUGAGCAUGAGUGUCGAGCAGAGGGAUAACAACGGCUACGUGAACGCGUACGGCCUGAGCCGGAAACACAUCUUCGAUUCCGUGGACGCCAGCUUGAAACGCCUGGACCUGGAGUAUAUCGAUCUCCUGCAGAUCCACCGUUUCGAUCCCAGCACGCCGGUCAAGGAGACCAUGAAAGCCCUGCACGACAUCGUGGAGAGCGGAAAGGUCAGGUAUAUCGGCGCUAGUUCCAUGUGGGCGCACCAGCUGCUCGAGAUGCAAUAUACGGCGCGCUUGCACGGCUGGACCGAGUUCAUCUCGAUGCAGAACCUGCACAACGCGACGUACAGGGAGGAGGAGCGGGAGAUGGUCCCGGCGCUGAAGAAAUUCGGCAUGGGUAUGAUUCCCUGGAGUCCGCUGGCGAUGGGAUACCUGGCGCGGCCGCACGACAAGACGCUGGAGAGCGAGAGGGGCGGUUCAAUGGGUGGGAAGUUCCUGGGACAUGCGUGGACGGAGGCGGAUGAGAAGAUUAAUCGCAAGAUCGAGCAGAUCGCCACGGAGAGGGGGACGAGUAUGGCAGUUGUGGCGACGGCGUGGAGUUUGAGCAAACCGUUUAUGACGGCGCCCAUUAUUGGCAUGAGUAAGGUUGAGAGGGUGCAUGAGGCUGUGGCGGCGCUGGAGUUUAAACUGUCGGCGGACGAGGUGAGGAGUAUUGAUGAGCUUUACGUACCGAAGAACGUGAUUGGAAUUUCGGUUUGA